AUGGCUAGCGUAGCGCCCAAAACCCCGUAUAGCGCCGUAUCCCAUGUCGAGAAAGUCGAGCCGUUGCCAGAGCUAACGCCGUUAAGCUUAUGGUUGACUAGUCGGCCAGCUGAAGCAAAACGCCACCUGUACGGCUCAGACCUGAAUCAAUACAGCAAAAAGCCACCAGGGCAACUGUUGUAUUGCUUCGCCUGCUCAGCCGUUGGCUCGGUCCUCUGUCCAGAAGGAGUGUCUCAUGUUGGCCGCGACUUAGACGUCUGCGCAUCCACCGCAGUGAAUCCUCGCCUUUGUUGUCCUCCAACUUCUUUCUCGUCUUACCAACUUUCCAUCAUGGACUUUUACCAAUUAUCGCUCGGCAUCUUGGUCGCCGCCAAUACCGCUCUACUCUGGACACAGCACCGCAGCGCGGCCAAGACCUGGCUCUCCUCCUCCUCCUCACCCUCCUCCUCGGCGCGCCGCUUCCAGCUCACCUUUUUCCUGCCCUACACAAUCGCCGUCGCCGCCGACUGGCUGCAAGGCCCGCACAUCUACGCCAUCUACAAGUACGAAAAGGCCCUCCCCGAAAGAACCGUCGCCGCGCUCUACGCCACGGGCUUCGCUGCCGGCGGUCUCAGCGCCUCCUUCGCCGGCUCCCUCGCCGACCGCUUCGGCCGCAAGCGCGCCUGCCUACUCUAUUGCGCCUUGUACGCCCUCACCUGCCUGUCCAUGUUGAGCGAGGAUCUGCGCUUGCUAUUUGCCGGCCGCGUUGCCGGCGGCGUGAGCACCACCCUGUUAUUUAGCGUCUUCGAGGCCUGGAUGAUCUCCGACUACCACCGCCGUGGGCUUGGGGGGCCGACGCCACCGGCGCUGGAUGAUGAGGAGGAAGAGCAUGUGUAUGAAGAAAAGGGUACGGCGAGAGCACGCGAUGUGAGACGGCAAGGUGACGAGGAUGACGGUGCGGCUGGGCCCAUAUCGCUGGAUGCAGUCUUUAGCACCAUGACGACCCUGAGCUGCAUCGUGGCCAUCGUAUCAGGCAUUAUUGGAGAUGUCCUCGUCUCGAUUUCGGGGACGAGGACGUGGCCGUUCAUGGCAGCAAUGGUCUGCAGCAUCGUCGCCGCUGCCAUCAUCUCAUCCACCUGGCGCGAAAAUUACGGCCGCGAGCCCAACAGCGACCGCGAGGCAAACCAAGUACAUACCGACAGCCGUUUCGCGUUCCUCGGCGACCCCAAGAUCCUCGCCCUCGGCCUCACCACCUGCAUCUUCGAGGGCACCAUGUAUCUCUUCAUCUUCUUCUGGACCGCCGCCCUCCAGUCGGCCCGCGACACCAGCCUCAGCAGCGCCGCCGUUGCCCCCGCAUCCCGCGAGUUGCCGUUUGGCCUCGUCUUCUCCAGCUUCAUGUGCACCAUGCUGGUGGGCUCGGCCCUCUUUUCGCAUCUGCGCGCCGGGAGCGCCAGCAACUCGGAUAUCCUGCUCAGCAUCCUCGUCAUCGUUGGCGGCUGCCUGGGCAUCGUUGUCAAUGUGCGCGACGAGCGGGUGCUGUUUUUGCUGUUUUGCAUCAUAGAAGGCUGUAUCGGGGCUUACCUCCCCGCCAUGGCCAGUCUUAAAAGCCAGCUGGUCGACGAUGGCAUCCGCGGGCGGGUGUAUAGUGUACUCCGAGCGCCGCUCAACGUCUUUGUCGUUGUUGCGCAUUGCCUAGAUGAGGAAGCUAGUCACACCAUGCAGCAGCCUUCCGAUGACAAGGCGAUUAUCGUGUAA